CUUAGAAGUGUUUCAGUAGUCCUGUGGUAGAUAAUUGUGUUGUGAGUGGGAAAGUUUUAACAGGGCGAUGGAGAAACAGGAGGCAUUUUCCCAUUGGAAGCAGCAAUCAUUGCGGAAAGCAGAUGUCAGUAAGAAAGGCAGCGUAGAUGAGGAUAUCGAAGAGACUGUGCGUCUGAUUAACCAGCAGGAGCGCUAUUUCACCACCAGCUCAUGCUCGGGGAGGGUGAUCAUGAUCAAUGAGACUCUGGAUAGCUCUAUAAUACAGAAGCAGAACUGUUCCUGGCUUUUUGUAACGCAUCAGCUUUGUAAACCUGAUGAUGUGUUUGCAGCGCUAAAGAAUGCUACUGGGGAUGUUGUGCUGAAGUUUGAACCAUUUGUCCUUCAUGUCCAGUGUCAUAAACUUGAGGAUGCACAGAUUCUACAUGGUGUUGCAAUUAAUUCUGGCUUCAGGAAUUCCGGAAUCACUGUUGGAAAGAAAGGAAAAAUUAUAAUGGCAGUACGAAGUACCCAUGGCUUGGAAGUCCCUCUCACACAAAAUGGGAAGUGUUUGGUAAGCCAAGAGUAUAUAGAAUUUCUGGUGCAGACAGCGAAUAGGAAAAUGGAAGAGAAUAAAAGACGAAUAACCAGGUUUCACAGCUGCCUUCUGAAAGCUUUACAAAAAGGAGACUGCGCCCAUGACGCUCCAUCUAAGGAACAAGCGCCAAGUUGUGUUUAUGUUCGUAGAAGGAAAAGAAAAGACAGAAGCAGGAAAUCAAACUGUUCUUCCAGUGAAGAGGAACAUUCUGAUUCAGAGCCUGAACUAACACUUUUAAAUGACCACUGACAAUUUUUUUUUAUUUUUUUUGUUUAAAUUCUGGAAAAAAAAUUUUGUAUUUAUUUUUGAUAAGGUUAAUUGCUCUUUUUGUGAUUGCUCACCGCAAAUAAAUUCAUACAGAUGAGUUGA